AUCCUUUCACGCUGUACGUUUGUGGACCAACCACAUAGACAUAAUGCAGCUGCGCUGAGGGCGGGACUUGACCAAAUGGCGUCGGACAAUUACGCCGACGGGCUGCCUGCGGCGUUGGCCGCGGCGGUGACGUCUGCGUAUGCUGCCUUGCCCAAAACUGGCAAACCGCAGCCAAACGAGCACACGGUCCUGGCAGGUUUUGCGCUCGUGCACGACCCCGAUGAUGGACCUGAGUCACCUGGUUCCUAUUCAGAGGCGCCCCGGCCGGUCGUCGUGGUGGCUUUGGGCACGGGAACCAAAUGCCUGGGCGGGUCAAAGCGCAGCCCGGCCGGCGACGUGGUCAACGAUAGCCAUGCUGAGGUCAUAGCACGCCGGGCGCUGCUGAGCUGGAUCUAUGACGAAGCUGCGCAGGCGCUGCGCAGCCACCAGAAGCUGUCGGGGGCUGUGCAGGAGCCGGCGCCGGCAGGCGGUGCAGCGCCGGCGGGAGAAGCGGCGGGGGCCAAUGGGGCGGCGGCGGCGGCGGCGGUACCAGGACCGGCGUCAGCAGCAUCUGACUCUGGUCCCGCCGCAAAAAAGCAGCAGAAUCCCUCCAGACCGCAGCUCCCGCCGUCUACGCCACCGCCAGUAUCCGUCUUUGAGGUAGUCGAGGCAGAGGAGCGCCAUCAGGUCAGCGCCGCCGCAGGGCCCGUGGCCGGAGGCUGCAGCGGCAGCGCCACAACCCUUGCGGGUGACAGCGAGCCUACUGGGGAACAGCACCACCCCGGCCAUAGCCGGCAUGACCGGCUGGGGCUGCAGCUGGGGCUGCGGCUCCGGCUCCGGCCGGGCCUGCGCCUGUGCAUGUACAUGAGUCAGCCGCCGUGCGGGGACGCAUCCAUCCUGGCGGGCGCUACAGCCGGCUGCAGCGGCGGCGGCGCGGCGCUACAGCCGGCAGCGGCGGCGGCGGCAGCAGUGGCGGCGGCGGCGGCGUGUCAGGGCGAGACGCAUGGAAGCGACGCGGCAGCAGCAGCAGAGGCAGGCGGGCCAGGAGAGGCAGCGGCCGUGGCGCCGGCGGCCUUAGUCGCGGCGGGGUGCUGCGGGCACACGAACGGCAGCAGCGGCGAGGGCAUGGCGGCAGCGGCAGUGGCAGCGGCGGCGUCUGGGACGCCGGCGGCGGCACGGGCGGCAGAGGCGGGGACAGAUGCUGGAGCGGGAGCUGUGCGGUUUCGCACGGGUGCCAAGGCCAUCAAGCUCAUGGCACCGGACGCAGCUUCAGACGCGGCAGCGGGCACGACACCGGGCGGCCUCGUGCCAUGCGGUGCUACCGGGCACACAACUGUACCACCACAUGCAGCAGCGGCGGCCGAGGCAGCAGCGGCAGCGGCGGCGCUGCCGCCUGUGGCGGUGGUGGUGCCGCAGGCGGGGGACGUGGACGUCGGCGCGCAGGACAGCGGGGCGGGGCUGGGCGCGGUGCGGCGCAAGCCGGGGCGCGGCGACGCCACGUUGUCGCUGUCGUGCAGCGACAAGAUUGCCCGGUGGUGCUGCCUGGGGCUGCAGGGCAGCCUGUUGUCGGGUGUGCUGUCGGCCCCACUGCCGCUGCACCUGCUGGCGGUGGGCGCCACGCCCGCCAUGACGGCGGCAGGCCAGGACGCGGCCCUGGCGGCUGUCGCGGCGGCCUCGCGGCGCGCGUUCGACACCCGGCUGCGGUCAGACCCGGGGGUGGCGGCGGCCCUGGGCAGCCACACAAGCACGGGACGCGGCGGCAGCGGCUCCGGCAGUAGCAGUAGCGGUAGCAGUAGCAGUAGCAGUCAAUGCAGGCUGCAGCCGCCACUGCACAUCGUCGGCCUGCCGCCGCCGGAUGCGGCCCUGGGGCUGAGUCCCGAUGCUGCGCGGAAGGUGCCGUCGGGCGUGUGCAUCAACUGGCACCCAGCCGCCGGCGCCUGCAUGCGCCAACUGGGACUGGGACUGGGACUGCCGCCCGCACCAUCCCCAUCCCCAUCCCCAUCACCAUCCCCAUCACCAUCCCCAUCACCAUCACCAUCACCAUCACCAUCAUCACUCCAGCCGCCACAGCCGCCACAGCCGCCGGCGCAACAGGACCAGGCGCACACCCAGAAGCGGCCACAGGGGCAGCGCCGGCCCUGGGCGCCGGCGGCGCCGCUACGCGGCGGCGGCGGCGGCGCGCCGCCGCCGGCGGAGGUCACGCUGGCGGCGGACGGGCGGAAGGCGGGGGCCGCCAAGAGGGGCGCGGCGUGGGCCUCGGACAAGACGCGCUCGCGGCUGUGCCGGGCGGCGCUGGCGGCUCGGCUGGCGGAGCUGUUGGAUUUCAUGGCGGCGGCGGCGGGUGGUGCAAGCGACGGCCGGCGCUGGCGUAACUGGACGUACGCGCGGGCCAAGCUGGAGCUCGGGGGCGGCAACACGGGCGCCGCAGCAGAUGCAGGGGCUGCAGCCGCUGCAGGAGCUGCAGGGGCAGGAGCAGCGGCAGCUUCCGCACAAGAGGCGGCAGCCGUGGUGCCCAGCAGUGAUGCUGGCUGCGGCGGUGUCGGAGGUGGUAACGGCAGCCGUGGUGGUGCCUGCGCCGGCGCCGGCGCCGGCAGCGGCACCGGCAGCGGCACCGGCGCCAGCGCCGGCAGCGGCAGCGGCAGCGGCGGGUACUGCGUGGUCUGGGCUAGGCUGCGCAUGACGCCCGGCAGCAUGUUCCGCUUGUGGCUCCCCAAGCCGGCCUCACACCAGGAGUUUCCGCUUUUACCGACGCCAACGCCAGCAGCAGCGGCAGUGGCGGCGGUGGUGACGCCAACAGCAGCUGCGGAGGGCCCGGCGGCGGAGGCAGUGCCGGAGAGACGCACGGCGACGGGCGGAAGGGGCGGCGGAAGAAGCGGCGCCGGUGCCUAAGAGGUGUCGGGAAGGAGGGACUCCUGCUGCUGCUGUGGGCGAAGUAAGUGGCAAGCCGGAAAGUACCCUGACCAGCAUUGUUGUGUUUUAAGGCAUCUUCGAUAACAGCAGUAGCUAAAACCCGGGUAGCCGCCAUGCGCCCGGCACCACAAGAGUAUGAUAAGCGCCGCGGCGUCACCGACCGGCCGGGGCACGGGCAAGAUUUCGCGCACACGGCUCCGCGUCGCUUCGAAUUCUGGUCGGGCUGGCACAUUUAUGGCUGUCUCGCCGGACAUCCGAGGGAAUGGUCAGUAUGUCACGCGUUUGCUUAUAUACUUAUCGGCAGCACAAACUUGGCUGGCCUGGAAUUGGCAACCGCCAUGCCGCAGAGCCCGCGGCAGAAGUGUGUACUGCCAAGGGCGCGUUUGCAACGAGGUGCAAUAAGUAUGGCACGUGUGAUUCUUCGCUGCGAAUGCAGACUGAUAUGCGUUAACUCGCACGCGAGUCUUUUGGACUUGACUCAGCCUUGUAUUUGGUGCAGCGCGACCUGAACAAUGCCACUUAACACGUACAAUUGAUGUCAUGAGGGACGCACGCUAGGAACAGAUUGGAACAGGCUGGCUCCGUGCUCGGGAUGGCACAUGAUAACUGGGCCGGCCCACCGUUGCAUCUAAGCGCGCAAGCUCUUCCUCAGCUUGCCACGUCGUCUGAUGCUCUGGUUGUGCAGUGGGGCAGACGGCCAGGCGGGCUGUUCAGGCGUCUGUUCAGCAACUGCAGCGGCAGGGACGUCGAUAAUGAUAUUCAGAGUAACGCAACCCGUAUCUUGUCU